CAACGUACGAAAAGUGGGGCGUUACAUAAUCCCACUCUCCGUCCAUCUCCAUUUGAAGUAUUAUUCUGAAAGCUUCAAAUUGCAUCUGCUAUACAUCGACAUGAGGGAUGAUGACGUUCCUCUACCCGUGUCUACGCCCACAUCUUCAUCCGUCCUCCCCAGAAGAGACGCGCCCUUGGAUUCCUUCAGCAUUUUCGGACGCGGCCGCUACAAGUUCUGGGCUUUCGGCGCCAUUUUGCUGCUGGCUUUCUGGUCGAUGCUUACCGGCACAGUCACCCUCCGGUGGUCCGCUGGAGAUCUAAAGGACCGGUUCAAUGAAAAUUACGGCUCCCAACCCUCGGACGAUCUCGACGUCCUCGAUAUGGAAGAGAGGGAGAAGCUGGUGAAUCAUAUGUGGGAUGUGUACAUCAACAGCCAGCGAGUGAGAUUGGACAGUUUUUGGCUGGAGGCCUUUGAAGCCGCCUAUGAGGAUUUGACCAGCGAGGUGCCCGAAGUUAGGGAGGCUGCCAUUUCAGAAAUUGCUGGGAUGUCUGCCCGCUACCUCAGGCUCAAACCGCCCCCUCUGCAUUCUUCACCUUCCUUGUGCUAUGGCUGUGAAGGGCAUGGUUUUAGGAUUGCGGUAUCCGAGAAGUGA